GUGGCCAUAGUAAGGAGUGGUUGUGUUGCUUUGCUCAUCUCUGCGCCUCUUCAAUGACCAAUUGCAAUAUAAAGAUAUUACUGAUAUUAUAACUAUAAGAUGGAGUCGAACAUUUUUAAGGAGUGUUUAAUUUGUGUGAGUUGCUAAGAAAUAUGUGAGGGGGAAAAGUAUUAGUGAAAAUGUUGGUACCAUUGGUGGUGUUGGCGACUGUGUGUUGCUGUUGGUGCUUGACCUGGCCCUCUCAGCAUAAUAAACACAUUCUCCCACAAAGAACUUCGUCAAAUAAUGCAAUCACCAAAAGGAUUGACAGUGAUUAUAAUGACAUAUACAAAUCAAAUAAAAGUAUUGCUGAUAUAAGUGCGCAAAAUGUUCCGGAAAAGCAUUACAAUUCAAUUAAUUUCUGGAACGAGCCAAUUGUAGGAAUUCAGAAUGGAGGGAGCCGGUUUCCUUACCACUUCAACACAGCUUAUAUAUACAACACACUGGUGGUUCAGCGCCACCACCGUAGGAGCCAGACACGGAAGAACGUCCCGACCUCUAGAAGGAAAAGAAGACGGAGAAAAAAAUUAAAAAAAGGGUACAAUAUUGGAAAUAAGACGUACGAGAGACCGUAUAAGAGGACCUUAAGAACUGGCGGUAAAAACAACACAGGAAGAAAAUCAAACUACCCAAACACAGGUGGUGGAUGGUCUGGAGGGCACCGAUACAGGUCUGUAGACCCAAAACGUGACAAGGUCAGCCGUUAUCUUAUCCAUAUGCACAACUUUCUGCGCUCCAAGGUCAACCCUCCAGCUGCUAACAUGCUGGCUCUGAGAUGGUAUGAGCGUGCUGCUGAGCAGGCACAGGCGUGGGCAGAACAGUGUGAACGUAACACAAACUUGGACCACCCCAGGGUCAGGUGGACUCUCGAUACGGUGUUUGGGCGGUCAAAACCCUUCUCGUCUCCCCCCCCAAAAAAGCGAUGGAGUCAGGUAUUGGCAAAGUGGUGGAGUGAACGUCGACACUUCAGUUACGGUGAUGGGUACAACAAUUUGAGCUUGGUAUCCUCAUAUACACAGAUGGCUUGGUACAAUUCUCACCAGCUGGGCUGUGGCUUCGCACAGUGCUCAACCACUGGCACACAAACAUUCUAUAGAUAUGUCUGCAACUACUGCCCUACGGGGAAUGAUCCAAGGCGGCUGAGUCGACCAUAUAGUAAGGGUAAGAAGUGCAGCAUGUGUCCUGGUUCCUGCAGGUCGCUUUGUAACGGUCGCCGCUGUGGCCUCUGCACCAACUCUUGCGCCUACUCUGACUUGUGGAACAACUGUCCAACGCUGAAUCAGGAGUGGCAUGAGUGGCUGUGCAACACUAAGACCAAACAGGGAGUAGAACGCUUUAAGAACUGUCGCGCCACUUGUCAGUGUGUCAAAGAGAUAACGUGAACCAGGACCUCAUCACAGUCGUCAGUGGACGUGAAAGAUAUUAAGAAAUGUAAUAUUGUGGAAGCAGUCAAGGUUCUCAAAUAUACACAUCUCAUGAUGUAAUAUUUAAAUUUUUUAUUUAGUGGACUGGUAAGCCAGCGGAAGGCCUCGGUCAAAUGUUCCACUGAGAGAGUCAUAUGAGUAAGACCCGCGUCAGGAGAAACUUGCCCAUGUCUCCUGACACAAAAUAUUCGUCUUUCCCUGAAACCUUUCACGCCACAUUGUAUUCCCUUAAUGAGCUGCAACCUGGUUAAUUUAAUACACCUGCAAAUGCUAUGACCAUGAGUGUGGGUUAUAGUCUUUUUGCAGCGACCAGGUAGCGACUGUAGACGACAAUUUACAGUUUUAAUUCAUUACUAUAAAUCAGGUGAGACGGGAAAGUAUAUCUCGUUCAUCAGGCUGCAUAAUACAUUUAUAAAUCACUUGUUAGUUUGAGAAACUAGAAGUGAGGGAAGCAAAUGUUGGAUAUCCUAGGAUACAAGCCAGUAAUAAACCCCAACAGCCCCGCCAUAUAUAAACCUAUAUAUACCAGGCAGUGAACGACUUUGUUUAGUAAACAAAUUAAAAGUAUUUACUUAAGUCACAUUAGCCAAAUUAUUGAGCAUAUAAGAUAUCAAGUGUAUGUGGUGAGACUGCUCGUGACUAUAAUUUCUACAAAUACAGUAUUUGUAAAUUACAAAGUGUUAAAGCGAUGCUGGUGUCAGUGUGUGUCCAGUCAGGACAACUGCGAGUACUCGCUGAGUAUAUGAUAGUCCCAUUUAUGUUAAGAAAACAUGAAGGCAGUGUCUAAGGUUGCAGAACAAGCUUUAAUUGAGACAACUUUUCGCUCUGUAGAGCUUUAUCCAGUCAGUUUUUUCAAGAAAAUAUAUCAAUAUAUUUUUAUCAAUGUUCUUUAUUAUCCUUAUAUUUCACCCUUAAAUAGGAGGUUGCAGAGACAAAAAAAAAUUUAAAACAAAUAACGGUUGUGCUUGCUUGAAGAAACGAUUUAGGGAAAACAAUUGAUAGUGGUGCAUACUACAUAUAUCAAUGUCUACAUAUGUAUUAAAAACAUUUAUGUAGAAAAUAAGCAAAAUAAUUUUGUAAUCAGUAAUAUUAGGUUACUUAAUUACUUCAGGUAGGUUUAUUUUGUUUCUGUUCACCAAUUCAAUAGACUGAUAGUGAUUGCUGAUUUAGUGCACUAGCUUUCUUUAAAAUGUACCUGGAGUUUACCUGGAGAGGGUUUCGGGGGUCAACGCCCCCCGCGGCCCGGUCUGAGACCAGGCCUCAUGGUGGAUCAGGGUCUGAUCAACCAGGCUAUUACUGCAGACUGCACGCAAGCUGACUUACCUUUCACGGAAAGUACCUCGUUGCUGGUGAAGUGCUCUUGCUCCGAAGAAGGGCAUCUAUCCUCUCCUUACUCUGGUCACACCAUCACUUUACAUUCCUACAGGUUUAACGUUCCCCGUGAAGUUUAAAUCCCUUUUGACCCUCCACGGUUAUCCUUUAUAUCUUGAGAAUGCAUUAUUCGUCCAUGUCCUCUUGGUAGCCUUACCCUGUCUUUUCCGCUAUUUAUUUUUCUCAAUCAUUUUACGUUAUCCGUUAUAAAUGUCAUUUAUGUAUUUAAAAAAUAACAUGGGGUCCCAGUGGAGAACCUUGUGGGACACCAUUCGCCAGUCGUUCAUCUGGACAUCUUUUACCAGACCAUCGCUCUUUGUCUCCCUUCUCGUAGGUGUUCCUCGAAUCCAGCAAAAUCCAGUUAUCCCUGGGUGCUCUUCCAACUUGUGGGGAAGUCUAUUGUGGAUCGUGUGGGAGGGAGGGAAGAGGAAAACGAUGAGGUAAUACACAGCUACCUUGAAGAUGUCCAUCUGUGAGUGUUGCCGUAGUCUGUGUAGUGUUUUAACUUUGUUUUACUUCCUAGAGGGAAACGAGCAUUGAUUGGUCAGAUUUUUAGAAACAGAAUUAUUUCCAACAUUUUCUUCUUUACUGCCAUUGAAAUGUUCAUUCCAGGUUACUCGUAACUUAACACUUAUCCUUGAACUUAAAUUUGUACAUGACUCUCCUUCCGAGGAUGAUCCUCUUGACUUCAUUCUGCAUUAUUCAAGCCCUUUCUACGCUAACACUCAUGUCUGGCUAUUCUGUUUAACUCUAUUGUCUGUCAUUUGGACCAUAUAUAUAUAU